AUGUCUUCUUCGGGCGAUAGAUCCAAGGAGGACCAGAUCAAAGACCUUCUGGAAGAUAUCGACAUUCACAAAUUCAUUCGCGAUGAUACCCUAGCAACUAUGGGCGACUGUGAGCAAGCGAGGGAGAUCACGGCAACCCUCAGGUCCAAAGAAAUCCAACUCGCAGAGCUCCUUGGAGAUCCUAUUCCCCCUCUCCAAGCUGCUCUCACUCCACCUGUCGUAUCGCCCACCCCGCCCAUGCCUAGCUCUGCUCCUGCGCCUCCGCCUCCGCCUAUGCCCUCUGGUGGAUUUGCCGGAUUUGCCGAUGAGCCCCGUUGGUCUUCCACGGGACCGUCGCCUUUUGCUACUGCCUCACGGCGUCCGGCAAAUAUGCCAGAUGUACCAGCCCUAGCUUCAAUGGAUCAAUCUCGGAAGCGCCCACGCCCGACCUCCGGAUCAUCGCCCCCAGUCCAGGAGUCCGCGAAACGAAGCGCGCCUCCGCACUCUGUAUCUCGCCACUCCAAAAUUCAGGAGAUAGAGGCUCGACAAAAACACGAAAUCGAGGAGAAUAGAGAGCAGUACAGGAAGUUGAUGAACACGGCACUUGACACUGAGGAGCUGAAAGAUCUGGAAAUUGAACUUGAGAGCAUGGAGAAAGACAUCGUUUCCUCGUUCCAACUCGAAAAAGAUGCAGCAAUAGCUCGGGCGCUGCAACACGAGGAGGAUAUUUUGCCGCUCCCUGCAGCAAAUUUCAUACAACGGCCUUCGUGGAAUAUGCCUCAUCGAACCCAGCCGAUUAAGUCCGAACCUGGCUUGAACCGCAUCGGUGCCCGUCCGCCAUAUGUUCCGCUACUCUCAUCCAGCCAGCGCAAUUCGAGUUCUGAUGACGGAUUCGAAGAGAUCACAGCCGAUUCGUUCAACUCUCGCACUGGUAAACAGCCAGUCUUUGGCAACCCCUAUGCACCAUCUUCUUCAUUAUAUGUCAAACCAGGCUACCCCUCUUCAUCACAAUGGCCCGACUACUCCUCACCAAGCGCCAGACCUCUCCCUUGGAAGUCACCCUACAUGACCUCUGCGCGAGAGGCUAUGAAUUGGCCAAGCGCCGUAGGGUCCAUGCCAGGGUCGUAUCCAGGGAUGCAUAACUCAUAUGACAAGUUUGAUCAGGUCUUCGACGUGGUUCGUGAUCAGCAACAGCUUUUCGAGGAUGACGUUGACAUCGAGGCCUACAACGAAAGAGAAUUUCCCGACGAUAUCAAAAACCUACUCGACGGCAUCAAAGACAUUCGUGAGGCGACCAAAGCCGAUAACGCGGGAUCUCCUGAUGCGCUGCGUGUCACCUUGAUGAAGCAUCAGAAAGUCGGCUUCAACUGGAUGAAAGCCAAGGAAGAGAGUAGCCAUAAAGGAGGUAUUCUCGCAGACGACAUGGGUCUCGGGAAAACCGUUCAGGCAAUCGCGCUUAUGGUCGCCCGUCCUUACGAACAUGAAGAACGACGUCCCAACUUAAUCAUCGCACCCAAAGCUCUCAUGGAGCAAUGGAAAUUAGAAAUCGAGCGACACGUUAAGCCUGGAAAGCACAAACUGGCUGUCCUGAUUUACCACCAAAGGCGCAGGCCCUGGAGAGAGCUGAAGAAGUACGAUGUGGUCAUCACAACUUUCGGUACGCUAACCGCACAUUACAAGACAUUGCUUGACGGGGAGAAGGCGCAAGAAGAGGGCCGUGAUGUUUCGUUAGUCCAAACAUUGAAAUCCAAUGCAGGCCCUCUCAGUCCCGGGGCCAAGUGGCACCGUGUCAUAGUUGAUGAAGCUCAAAACAUCAAAAAUCCGUCAGCGAAAUCUGCCAUCGCAUGUUGCCGCCUCAACUCUACCUACAGAUGGUGUCUGACUGGUACACCCAUGAUGAACCGCCUCGAAGAUUUCCAAUCCUUGCUGGCGUUCUUGCGUAUCAAACCAUAUAACAAUGCGAAGAAGUUUAAAUCGGACUUUGUGAGUCGUAUCAAGUCUGGUUGGGGUGGAGAAGAUGUCAUGAAGCAACUUCGUGUACUGGUCAAAUCUGUCUGUCUGCGACGUACCAAGACGUCGAAGAUUGAUGGGCAGCUCAUCUUGCAACUUCCACCGAAGGUCAUUGAAAAGGUCCACGUCAUAUUUGAUGAGAGAGAAAGCCAGGUUUAUGGCCAGCUUGACACAAAUACUCAGAGACAAAUCAACCGAUUGCUCGACGCUGGAACAUUAGGCAGAAACUACAGCCACGUCCUGGUACUCCUUCUCCGACUACGACAAGCAUGCUGCCAUCCUCUUCUCACGCAGGAUUUCCGAGCUGAAGCCCCUCCAUCAGACCCAAAUGUCGACAAGAUCGCCAACGCUAAACUUCUGUCUGCUUCGGUGGUCGAACGCAUCAAGUCAAACGAUGAUGAAGAAGAUGAUGGAACCUGUCCCGUUUGUAUGGACAGCGUAGAGAACGCAACAAUUUACAUUCCAUGUGGACAUCAUGUAUGCUCGGAGUGCUGGAUCCGCAUAUCUGACUGCGCCGGCGCCAAUGCCAUCAACCUCGAGGAGGACACUUUCAUCAAGUGUCAGAACUGUCGAGGCCCCGUCGACCCCAAGAAGCUCACGGAUACAAUCUCAUUCAAAAAGGUCCACGACCCAGGUUCAGUGCCAGAGCAAUAA